AUGGAUAAAAUUAUAUCAAAGGAACAGUUCUGUGGUGUGAAUGUUCAGGAUGAGUUAGACAACUUUGAGAGAGCCACAGGCGCUGUCAUUAACAAGAACAAGUGGUAUUUGUCUUGCAGUUUUCCAACUAAUAAGAAAAUUGCUAUGGAGAUUGACAAAGCUAUUUCUCUUAUAUCAUAUCCUGGUAUCCCAGCUCUUAUAUCAUAUCCUGGUAUCCCAGCUCUUAUAUCAUGUCCUGGUAUCCCAGCUCUUAUAUCAUGUCCUGGUAUCCCAGCUCUUAUAUCAUGUCCUGGUAUCCCAGCUCUUAUAUCGUGUCCUGGUAUCCCAGCUCUUAUAUCAUGUCCUGGUAUCCCAGCUCUUAUAUCAUGUCCUGGUAUCCCAGCUCUUAUAUCAUGUCCUGGUAUCCCAGCUCUUAUAUCAUGUCCUGGUAUCCCAGCUCUUAUAUCAUGUCCUGGUAUCCCAGCUCUUAUAUCAUGUCCUGGUAUCCCAGCUCUUAUAUCAUGUCCUGGUAUCCCAGCUCUUAUAUCAUGUUCUGGUAUCCCAGCUCUUAUAUCAUGUCCUGGUAUCCCAGCUCUUAUAUCAUAUCCUGGUAUCCCAGCUCUUAUAUCAUGUCCUGGUAUCCCAGCUCUUAUAUCAUAUCCUGGUAUCCCAGCUCUUAUAUCAUGUCCUGACGAGAUGCUUGCUGUCGAGGGCGAUUUUGUUAGGAGCGUGGGGCCGCCGGCACCAGCGGGAGCGUGGGGCCGCCGGCACCAGCGGGAGCGUGGGGCCGCCGGCACCAGCGGGAGCGUGGGGCCGCCGGCACCAGCGGGAGCGUGGGGCCGCCAGCACCAGCGGGAGCGUGGGGCCGCCGGCACCAGCGGGAGCGUGGAGCCGCCAGCACCAGCGGGAGCGUGGGGCCGCCGGCACCAGCGGGAGCGUGGGGCCGCCGGCACCAGCGGGAGCGUGGGGCUGCCGGCACCAGCGGGAGCGUGGGGCCGCCAGCACCAGCGGGAGCGUGGGGCCGCCGGCACCAGCGGGAGCGUGGGGCCGCCGGCACCAGCGGGAGCGUGGGGCCGCCGGCACCAGCGGGAGCGUGGGGCCGCCGGCACCAGCGGGAGCGUGGGGCCGCCAGCACCAGCGGGAGCGUGGGGCCGCCGGCACCAGCGGGAGCGUGGGGCCGCCGGCACCAGCGGGAGCGUGGGGCCGCCGGCACCAGCGGGAGCGUGGGGCCGCCAGCACCAGCGGGAGCGUGGGGCCGCCAGCACCAGCGGGAGCGUGGGGCCGCCAACACCAGUGGGAGCGUGGGGCCGCCAGCACCAGCACCAGUGGGAGCGUGGGGCCGCCAACACCAGUGGGAGCGUGGGGCCGCCAGCACCAGGGGGAGCGUGGGGCCGCCGGCACCAGCGGGAGCCAGUGAGGGCCGCCGGCACCAGCGGGAGCGUGGGGCCGCCGGCACCAGCGGGAGCGUGGGGCCGCCAGCACCAGCACCAGUGGGAGCGUGGGGCCGCCAACACCAGUGGGAGCGUGGGGCCGCCAGCACCAGUGGGAGCGUGGGGCCGCAGGCACCAGCGGGAGCCAGUGAGGGCCGCCAGCACCAGCGGGAGCCAGCGAGGGCCGCCAGCACCAGCGGGAGCCAGCGAGGGCCGCAAGCACCGGCGGGAGCCAGCUAGGGUAACAAGCACCAGCGGGAGCCAGCGAGGGCCGCAAGCACCGGCGGGAGCCAGCUAG